AUGAAUUUAUUUAAUACAUUUAUCUUUUCAUUAAUUUUGCUGGACAUUAAGUAUUAUGUAUUUGCUAAUGAUUUUACUCCAGCUCCUCGUGCGGGACAUAUUGCAAUUUUAGUAGACCAGAAAAUUAUAUUUGUAGGUGGAAAACUCAAUGAUGAUACAAAUUCUCGUGAAAUAUUUUUUCUAGACCUUCAAAAUGAAUUAAAUUUAAGUAGUAAUGAUAGCAAUUAUUUUGAAUUUGGUGCAUUUAAUGAGACAAUACCGUCAGAAAUAGGAGGAAUUUCACUGGCAGCUUCUGCAGUUGGAAUAAAAAAUAAUUUAUCAAUGAUUGAAAUAUUUGGAGGGCUAACCAUUGUUGAUCAACGGAGCAUUCAAAAUGGCACAAAUGGCACAUAUCCAAAAAGCAUAAAUUCAUUUUUCUCGAUAAAUGUACAGAAUGCGACAAAUAAUAUAUCAAUAAACGUGUUUAAUGACACAAUACCAAAUAGACCGAGUUCUCGCUAUCGAGUUAAUUCUGUCAUGGACAAAGAUUCGCGAUUUUAUGUUUUCGGGGGAUCAGAUACUGUAAACGAUACAAACAUGUAUAUUUAUGACUAUUGGAAGGAUACAUGGGCAGUUAUACAAUCCGUAAACGCACCAUCAUCCAUUUCAGGUUAUAGCGCUACACUUUUACCGAACGGGCAAAUAUUUUAUAUUGGAGGUGUGACUGUUGAGAACUCUUCAGCAUAUAGAGAUAUGAAUGAGGCAAGCCUCAAAGGAAAUUUACAAUUUGCGAUAAUUAAUGAGUCAAUAAUAAAUCGAGAUCCUUCAUAUUUUUUAGAUCAUAGUCUUCGAUACAAAUAA